CUCAGGUUCAUCUUAAAUGCAUGCCAUUUCCGAGAUCAAGUCCCCGCCCAGAAUCGCAAUAACUAUCCUGAGAUGGAGCAAAACACGCUCAAAAGACGAGGUGUCGGCCUGACCGGCGUCGACAAAGACCGAUCAUUCGGAGGCUACACGCUCUUCUGUCCCUUGACCAGCGACACAGCCCAUCUAAUCGACAUCGAUGGACAGGAGGUACACUCGUGGAAACUCCCCGGCCGCAUCGGCCGACAUGCGAGAAUUCUCCCCAACGGCAAUCUCGCCGUCAACACCCUCCGCCCAUCAAACCAAACCACCAAAGACGGCGGCCCAUUUCCUUUCCCAUUCUUCAACAAAUACGGUGGCGGGGUCAUGAGCGAGCUUGAUCCAGCCGGCAACGUGGUCCGCCAAUUCACCGACCCCCUCGGUCAUCACGACCAGUACCAUUUCGGCGACGGACGGCUCCUAUAUACGAGUCUCGAGGCGCUAUCCGCUGAGGAAUCCACACAGGUCAUAGGAGGCGUACCAGGGACCGAGGUCGACGGGAUCACAUACGCAGACACAAUCAAUGAAGUCGACGAGGCCGGGACCCUGGUCUGGCAAUGGAAAGUGUCUGAGCGAUUGCCUCGCGCGGAAUUCCCUCUUCAACCGCACUACACCCGCGAACACUACCCGCUCAUCAACUCCGUUCUUCCACUCCGAGACGGAAAGCAUAUUCUAGCAUCCAUGCGCUCCGUCUCGGCGGUCAUCAUCAUCGAUAAAUCCACCGGCGAUAUCGUCUGGAAGCUCGGGCCAGAGGUGCUGGCGCAGCAGCACAACGCCACAGAGCUGGAGAACGGGAACAUUCUCAUCUUCGACAAUGGCGCUUUCCGGAACGGCGAGUCAAUCACCUACUCGAGGGCGAUUGAGGUCGAUCGCGCGACGAAGGAGAUUGUAUGGGAGUAUCGGGACCGCUCGCAGAUGCUGUACUUCUUCACGCCGUUCAUGGGCAGCGCACAGAGACUUGCGAAUGGGAAUACGUUGCUCUGCGAGAGUGCGGUCGGUCGGCUGUUUGAAGUCACCCGAGAUGGGUAUAUUUGCUGGGAAUAUGUCAAUCCACACUUUGCUUCGUAUCCGGAUGAGGCGACGGCGAAGAUAUUUCCUGGGGAGUCGAAUGCAUUGUUCCGCGCGUAUAGGUACUCGUUGGAUGAGAUACCGUGGUUGAAGGCAAAAUUGACAAGCCAAGGAAAGUUAUAGGUGACUUAGAUCCAUUAGCAAUAAUAAAUAUUUCUUGAAAACGGCAUCUGUUUCGCCAUCUAAGUGUGCAUCCCAUAGUAUCAAUCGUGGCAGCGUACCUUGGCGGCAUUACUAGACCGUUGAAGCAACACAGCUUGGAGAGAGAAAAAAAACUGUAAAG